UACGAAUCUGGCCUUCGUACUUUUGAGAGCAUCAAUUACUGCUGCUAAUGAUUUAAUUAUUUCACAUGUAUCCUCCUUGUCUUUUUCAAAUUAAUUGAAUUCUCGGUUCUCAUCGACGCCUCAUGGCGCCUUCCCGGGCUCCAGUAUGGUCAUUGACCCUGGUGGCCAUCGUCAUACUCUCAUGCCUUGUCGUCCCCGGCCUCAUGGUUAAGCACGAGAAUUUCAAGACUUGCUCGCAAUCAGGCUUCUGCAAACGCAACCGUGCGCUCGCCGAUUCAAUUUCCGAUAAGGGGCCGUCAUGGUCGUCGCCAUAUAAACUAGAUCCUAGCUCAAUCAGCUUUAAAAAUGGUCAACUGUUUGGAACAGUUAUCAAAUCAACAUCGAAACAUGGAGACGUUCGGCUUCCUUUGGCCGUUUCAUUUCUCAAAACUGGCGUUGCACGGGUCACUAUAGACGAAGAAAGGCGUUUAAAGGGGGAUAUUGAACUGAGACAUGGAAGCACUGUGAGAAAAGAGCGAUACAAUGAGGCUGCAAAGUGGGCAAUUGCUGGGGAUCUUAGCACCGGGCUGGCGGAGAUGGACAAAGACUCCAACAACGAAGUCACGGAAGUCAAAUACGGGCCCCGAGGUGAAUUUAAGGCUGUGAUUAGACAUUCACCUUUCGGAAUAUCCUUCGAACGCGAUGGUGAGACACAGAUCAAGUUCAAUGACAAAGGAUUUCUCAACAUUGAGCAUUGGAGGGCCAAGAUCGAAUCAAAUGGCGACUCCCAGGAGAAUGAUCCAGAAGCGGAUGACUCCACUUGGUGGGAAGAAUCAUUUGGAGGAAAUACCGAUUCCAAACCAAGAGGACCUGAGAGCGUUGGGUUGGAUAUCACGUUUCCUGGAUACGCCCAUGUUUUUGGCAUCCCAGAGCAUGCCGAUUCUAUGUCUUUGAAGGAGACAAGGGGUGGAGAGGGUCAGCACACCGAACCGUAUCGCCUGUAUAAUUCGGAUGUCUUUGAAUACGAGCUGAACAGCCCAAUGACCCUCUAUGGCUCGAUUCCCUUCAUGCAUGCCCACCGUCCUGGAUCUACCGUCGGUGUCCUCUGGCUAAACGCUGCAGAAACAUGGGUCGACAUUGUGAAGUCAAAGGAGACGCCGAACCCGCUUGCCCUUGGAGCUAAGGAAAGCACCAACACUCAAACUCACUGGUUCUCCGAGAACGGACAACUUGAUGUGUUCGUAUUCCUCGGCCCAACCCCAUACGACGUCACUAAAUCCUACGGGGAGCUCACUGGAUUCACGCAGCUUCCACAGCAUUUUUCUAUUGCCUACCAUCAGUGCCGCUGGAAUUAUGUGACAGAUGAAGACGUUAAAGACGUUGAUCGGAAAUUCGACAUGUAUCAAAUCCCGUAUGAUGUGAUAUGGCUCGAUAUCGAGUAUACGGACCAAAAGAAAUAUUUCACCUGGGAUCCACAUACCUUUCCAGAUCCUAUCGGUAUGCAGAAGCAGCUUGAUGCUUCGGAUCGCAAACUGGUUUACAUCAUUGAUCCCCAUAUCAAAAAUGAAGCCAAUUACCCGAUCGUUGAUGAGCUGAAGAAUAAAAAGUUGGCCGUUAACAACAAGGACGGGAAUAUCUAUGAUGGCUGGUGUUGGCCGGGGUCUUCUCACUGGGUCGAUUGUUUUAACCCUGCUGCGAUAGAAUGGUGGAAAGGCUUGUUCAAAUAUGAUGCGUUCAAGGGCACCCAGCAUAACUCUUUCCUGUGGAAUGAUAUGAAUGAACCGUCUGUCUUCAAUGGCCCCGAGACUACGAUGCCGAAAGACAACAUUCACUAUGGUGGAUGGGAACAUCGAGAUGUCCAUAAUAUUAACGGCAUGACUUUUGUUAAUGCGACCUACAAUGCGUUGCUUGAACGGAAAAAGGGUGAAAUUAGACGACCUUUUGUACUGACUCGCUCAUUUUAUGCUGGGUCUCAGCGUCAGGGUGCAAUGUGGACCGGUGAUAAUCAAGCCAGCUGGGAACACCUCGCCGCUUCCCUACCUAUGGUCUUGAACAAUGGAAUUGCUGGAUUCCCCUUCGCAGGUGCCGAUGUUGGCGGAUUUUUCGGCAACCCAAGCAAGGAGCUUCUCACGCGAUGGUACCAAACCGGCAUCUUCUAUCCUUUCUUCCGAGCACAUGCUCACAUCGACACCCGGAGGCGCGAGCCGUAUUUGAGCGGUGAACCAUACACCAGUAUCAUCACUCAGGCGCUGCGUCUUCGGUACCAACUACUCCCAGCAUGGUAUACCGCUUUCCACCAGGCGUCUGUUGAUGGCGCUCCUAUUGUUCGACCGCAGUAUUAUCUUCACCCACAAGAUGAACAAGGUUUUGCAAUCGACGACCAGUUAUACCUUGGUUCAACCGGUCUGCUCGCAAAGCCUGUCGUCACUGAAGGGGCAACCAGCGUUGACAUCUACAUUGCUGACGACGAGAAAUAUUACGACUAUUUUGAUUAUACCGUUUAUCACGGGGCCGGAAGGACACAUAGAGUACAAGCCCCUCUAGAAAAGAUUCCCCUCUUAAUGCAAGGUGGCCACAUUAUCCCAAGAAAAGAUAGGCCACGUCGAAGCAGCGGACUGAUGAAGUUCGAUCCGUACACGCUUGUAGUUGUCUUGGACAAGAGUGGGCAUGCAGAAGGCGAACUUUACGUGGAUGACGGUGAGACAUUUGAUUAUCAAAGCGGUGCUUUGAUCCACCGUCGUUUUAUUUUCGAUAAUUCCACGUUAUCGUCGGAAAACCUCGGAGCUAGUGGUCCGAAGACGGCAAAGUAUUUGAAGAGCAUGGCAAAGGUUCAUGUCGAGAAGAUCAUUGUUGUUGGUGCUCCUGAGGAAUGGAAGGGCAAACAAGCAGUGCAGGUUGUGGAAAAGGGUACCCAGAGUGAAGCUCAAGCUGCUUUGGAGUGGCACGGUUCACGCGAUGGCAAGGCGUCCUACGCGAUCGUCAAGAACCCGAUUGUCUCGAUCACGAAGUCAUGGAAGAUAAGCUUUGGUUAAAUUUGUGCCUCUCCUAUAUGUUGCUACGCUGGAUGUAUGUACGUAUACCACUUAUUUGGAGAAUAGAGACUGUCAAAACACCCUU